CUUGCAGAUAUCUAUACAAAGCCUCUCUCAAAUUCAUUAUUUGCUGAUAUCAUUGCCAAGAUGAACUUUAUGGAUAUGCACGCUCAUCUUGAGGGGAGGCGAAGGGUAAGCCACACAGGUGUUGGCCGGAGGCGGUGUGUGUGGCGAAAGGGGCGGUUGAGGCCGGUGAAGGUGGAGGCCGAACUUCGGAGACGUGGCUAUGGAGGCUGGGCGGCGAAGAUGGUGGCUAGAGAGGCCGGGACAGUGGAAUCCGUUCCAGUGGGAUCGAUGGAGGCAACAAAAAUGGAAGAAAGUAACCGGAUUUACAGUGGAGACAAGAACAAAAGGAAGAAGCGAACAAGGGGGAGCAGGUAGGGAUGGCAAUCUAGCCCGACCCGACGGAUACCCGCACCGAACCGGUCAAAAUGGGGAAAACUGCUUUGACUGGGUAACGGGUACGGGGCGGGGGAUACCCGAUUUAUGUAAACGGUUAAUGAGGCAGUUAUGGGUUUAUACCUACCCGCCCCGUUACCCGCCCCGUUUAAUUUGGAUACGGUUACCCGCACCAUUGUCCGACCCGCACAAUUAACUUAUAUAUUUUAAUAGUUUAUGUAUUUAUUAUUUAAUAUAGUAAGUAUAUAUGAGUAGUAGUACAUUAGUAUAUGACACUUAUUCC